AUGACUGUACAAACAUUUAGCUGGUCCAAUCUCACUUUGACAUUGGACAAUGGAAAGGUUCUUUUAGAUGACGUUAGUGGGUCCAUUUCCGAAUCUGGUCUUUACGCAUUAAUGGGUCCUUCAGGGCUGGGUAAGACCACCUUGUUAAACUCUUUGGCAUUUAGAUCAAAACCUGGCUCAUCACAUUUGAGUGGUGAUAUUUAUAUCAAUGAUGAAGAGGCAACUUUGAACAAGAUCAAACAAUUGUCAAGUUAUGUUGAACAAGAAGACUCUCUUAUUGGAUCCUUGAGGGUUCUGGAAACAGUGGACUAUAGUGCUAAAUUUGCCGGUAUUAACUCUGCUCAUAGAAAAGAUCUUGUUGAAAAAACAAUCAAGUCAUUAGGUUUGAGUAAUCAACUGAAUGUGAAAAUUGGUACUCCUAUCCUGAAAGGUAUUUCCGGUGGUCAAAAAAGAAGAGUCAGUAUUGCAUCCCAAAUGAUUACAUCACCUUCAAUUUUAUUUCUUGAUGAGCCAACUUCCGGAUUGGAUUCUGUUGCAUCAAGAGAAGUCAUUAGUACUAUCAAGAAAGUUGCCAAAGAGGAAAAUAUGAUUGUCAUCUGUUCCAUUCAUCAACCUAGUACCUACACAUUUGAAUUAUUUGAUAAAGUCAUGUUUCUUUCUAGAGGGAAAACCGUCUAUAACGGUAAAGUUGAAGAUGUGGUCAAAUAUUUUGAUUCUGUUGGGUAUCCAAUGCCACCUUAUAUGAACCCAGCAGAAUAUGUCUUGGACUUGAUCAAUACUGAUUUCGACAGCAAUGGUGAAAUUCUUGAUGACUUGGUUUCUAAAUGGAAAGAAAAUGAACAUGAUCAUAGUGAAAUUUUGAAGCUGGAAUCAGAUCCAAUCGAGCUCACCACAUUCAGUACCACCAGUGAAAUUAGAAAUAUUGGAACUUUAAUAUCUCGUUCUCUUGUUAAAGCCAGUAGAGAUAUUUUGACUUAUUACGUGAGAUUGGUUAUGUACCUUGGUUUAGCUAUCUUGAUGGGUACCGUUUGGUUAAGAUUGGGUAAAGAUCAAAAAAAUAUCCAGCCAUUCAUCAAUGCAAUCUUCUUUUCUGGUGCUUUUAUGUCAUUCAUGUCUGUUGCUUAUAUCCCUUCCUAUCUUGAAGACUAUAGCAGUUACAAAAAGGAAAGAUUAAAUGGUUUAUAUGGUCCAUUUGCCUUUUGUUUAUCCAAUUUUCUUGUUGGAUUUCCAUUUUGGUUCUUGAUUUCGGCUGUAUUCAGUCAAUGUCAAAUCUCUGGCCGUGCAGUUUUACAAAACUUGGGCUAUGGACAUGAAGACAGGGGAUUAUGGAUUGGUGUCAUGAUUGCUAUUAUUGCAUUUUAUAGAAUUGCCACCUAUAUUGUUUUGAAGUUGAGAAAGUAG